CCGGAUGCCGAUCUCGAGGGGGCGGAGCAAAACGCAGCGUAGGGAAGCGUUGCCGGUUUGAAGGAGGCAGCGGGCGCGAACGCGCGGGCUCCCCGUUCGGGGCGGAUCCGGAUGUGGAGGGCAGCUGAGUAGGCGUCGCUGCAGUCGAGCCAUCCCGGUUGGUAGAUCUGUUGGUCAGCACCUCCUGGGGGGGCUCUGCUCUAGCCAAGAUGUCCAUCAACCCGAUGCUGUAUGAGACCCAGUUUUUCGGGUUCACACCCCAGACGUGCAUGCUCAGGAUCUACAUCGCCUUCCAGGACUACCUGUUUGAGGUCAUGGUAGCCGUGGAAAAGGUCAUCCUGAAGAAGGCCAGCAGCCUUCCCGGCUGCAGCACGAGUGCAGUCCAGGUCCGAGGCAGCACCGAGGCCUUCCUGCGCUUCAUGAAGGAGCGCUUUAACCGCCUCUUUGUCAAGAUGGAGCAGGUCUUGCUGCAGCUGGUGCUGAACAUUCCCCCAAACAUCCUCCUCCCUGAGGACAGGUGUCACGAGAAAUACCCCCAGAGCAAGGAAGAGUUCCACCUUCUCCAGCAGGAAGUUGGGCGGUUGCAGCUUCAGUACAAGGCAGAGCUGGGGGCCAAGCAGGCUCUUCUUGCGGAGCUUCAGGUCCAGAAGGUGGUUCAGGCCCAGCUGAAAAAGACUCUGCAGUGGUUUGAUGCCCUUGGAGAUUCCCAUGGGCCCCUGGGCCUCGGGGAGAUGAUGGCCUUCCUGUUCCAGCAUUCCAACAGGCUACGCAGCAUCACGGAGGACGUGGCCCAGAAAAGCAAAAGGGGGAAGAUGCAGUAGAUGCCAAACCUCGCAGUUUGAGAAUGAACAAAUCAUGCGAGGGGGCUGGGGGCGGGGCCGGGGCAGGGCUCUGGCUCUGGCUCUGGCUCUGGCUCUGACCCAGAGAACAUGUGGAGAGUGAAGUGGUUCCUGCAGAAGGCCCCUGUCGGGUCCCUUCUCCCCCCAGCAAUUAGGAGGUGGGAACGUGACCCCCUUUCAGAGCAUCAUGGCACACAUCAGGACCACUGGGCAAAUCUUCCUGCUUCUGUGGCACGCAGGUUCAUCCACCUUGGAGUCCUAUAAACUCCCUAGAAGGUGUUUGCUGGGAGGGGAAAGGAAAUGCACAACCUUGUGCUUCCGAGAGCUGAGCUCUGGCCGAGUCACUCAGGGAAGCCACAGAGUGGGCCCUGGGAGGCUUUCACCUGGAGGGCUUUUUCUUUCAGACCAGCUAUGUGCUAUGACACCUGCUUAGGGCCUGGAAGUAGGGAGGCGUCCCUGCCCUCCAGAUGCUUGCCUGUUAGGGAAACUGCACGGUGUACAGAUGGGGGUUUGGUGGGAGCAGCUCUCCACAGGAAAAGCCUCCUUCCUAUAGAAAGCAGCACUUGAGCCGAGUCUUCUUUCACGCCCUGGCAGGGAUGAGGAGAGGGUGUUCCAAGGAGGAGUCACAGACAGCACAGAGGCAGGUUCAUGGAGGGCUUCGAGGGAAUAACGGGUAGUGUUAGCCAAGUGAGGUGAAGGUAGUGGAGCAGACAGAGCCUGAGUCUGAGGAGGAGAGAUUUAGAACAAUUCUCAGACACAGUAAGAAAGAAGAGGAAGCUGGAAUCGUAGGAGUGGAGACAAAGCAAAGGGACUUGAGGGUGUUUGUUUGUGGAGGUGUAAAUGCCCACAAAUGGUUUGAGAAACAAGGCAGCUGGUAGAGAAAAUGGUUUGGUGUUGGUGUUUCUGCUGUAGCCCAGACUGAAUUAUCUGUUCACAGUGUAGGCUGAUCUCCCUCCAUGAAGAAGGGGAAGGGCUUCAAAGAACAUCUGUCCACACUAUGGUUGUUGGGCAGAAGAGAGAAAAUAAAAGAGACAAGCCGUAGGCUUCCAUGGGAGAGAAAGGGAUCUGAGGUUUAGGCCUAAGGGUCAUGGAGAUUAUUGCUCUGGGUGGGUGUCAUUGAUUCAGCAGAAACAGGACAGGAAAAGGGGAUGGCUCAGCUCAGUAUCUUCAGAAAUGUGCUCAUGGGACCCAGGUGGGUGGGUGGAAACACCAUAAUGGAGAGUAGUUACUGCUGCAGGGGAAAGCACCUCUCCUCACCGAGGUGACGUCAUAUGUGCCCAUUCUCUUCAGACUUUAAAUCCUUUUUCUAAAACCUCAUGAGUCUGGCUGACUGCUUAUCAAUGUGAAUUUCACCUCUGGGGGCUCAGGAGCAACAGAUCUAGAAAAGGAGUCAUCAGCCCCCUUCUGGAGAGCCUUAACCAUUGAAUUGGAGUGCUGGUUAGGGGAACAGGGCAGAGGGAGGUGGUGCGAUAUCUGCAAAAUCAGGUCCAGUCCCUUAAACAUAGGCAGGUGUUUAAUAAUAAAUGCAUUGGUUGAAUCACUGUAGCCUUUUCUCAUUCCCUCUCUUCUGCCCCUGCCUUUAGAUUAAUAAGUCCUCUCAGCUUCAGCCCUACCUCACAGGGCAUUUGUGAGGAUCAAAUGAGAGAACAGGUAAAGUGCUUCUCUUACCUUAACCCUCUAUAUUUGUGCUAGUUAUUAGAUGCAGCGAGGUGGCGCAAUGGAUAGUCCCAACCUCGGAGGAACUGAGUUUGAAUCCAGCCUCAGAUAUUUAGUGGCACUUUGAC